AUGACAGCGUGGAAAAGAGUAUCAAGUCACUAUUAUUACCCAACGAUGCAUCCCCGAGACGACGACGUUUCUACGGCUUCGGAAGUCUCCGCCACCGAACUUGAAGACGUCCGACGUCAACUUGUAAGAAUCCACAAUAAACUUGAUUGACUGUUUUUUUUUUUCUCAGAGGAACCUUGAAGUUUGCGCCGAGAGCAGCUGCGCGGAAACGACGACGUUCUCAGAAGAGAGCUUUUCGAUGGAAUCUUCUGACGUGACGUCGGCGAAGGCCCAAGAAGGUCUUCUGCAGACUAUGGCCGCGCAGCCCGAAGCUGUCGCUCUGUACAACCUGAUAACGCCGGAAGCUGAGGAGAAGAACUUAGCGGUACAGGAUGAGCCAGUUAGCUACUAUCAGCUGCUGGAGCUCAACAAAGGCCCAGGUUUUAGAAGUUAUGGAAAAUAUUUGCAAAAAGGUUCUGACUAGGAAACGUUUUUCAACCACCUUUUUGCAAAACAAGAAAAAAUCUUGCAGUCUGUCUUUAUAGUUAAGACGCUUUAGAAGCUCGAAAUAGCGCUUUUUUGACAUAGUUUAGGUAUUCUGCAAACUUUGAAGCUCCAUAACUGGAAACAAGGUCUAUUUCGAGACAUUUUUUUUUCUUGUUCUUAGAUUCAGGAGAUCCUGUGGUUUCCUAGUGAGGUUUUUUCAGAAAAAAACAGGAAAAAUGGGCUGUACCAUUUUGAUUGUAAAAGCCUGAAUAACGGAAUUUGUCCUUAGUUCUUUUUUUCUCAGCUUUUGAAACAAUUUCAAUGAGGAAAUUUUCAUUCAGAAAAAGCCUAGCUUUCGGAAUGGCCAUUCAAUUUUUUAACUGUUUUUUAGCCCUGGAAAAUUUUCGAAAAACUAAAUGAUCAAUUUAAAAACGAGUCUUUGAGUGGACUGCGCAGUGAGGAUGCGACGUGUGCCUUCUCAAUAUCAACUUGACGCGCUUUCCGAAGUUUUUCUUUUCGACGUGCCCCAAAUGACGUCAGUUUGAGAUUGUAUUCUUUGGAUUUUUGAGCGCAAAUAUGGAAAGGAAGUUUCCCCUCUAAGAUGAGAACCAAAAAAAAAUCAUCAGUGUUACUGCCUAAAUUUUUAGUGGCCACGGUUUGCGGUCAAAAUUAGUGGUCUUUUAGAUUCUUAGGGGCUCUACUAGACUACUAAAACUGCUAUAAAGGCCACUAAGACGCAAUUAAGUGACUUCUAUAGAGGUUGUAUUAAUUGACUCUCCGAAUAGCCCUUGUGGAAUCACUUAAGAUGCCACUAAAACUUUUUCCAGUACUUAUAAUCUUCACGUUGAGCUGUACAAGACUUGAAAAAUCCCAGGUUCUAAAAGAAUUUAUCCAUGCUCGAAGCUAUGAAGCUGCUCAACGAUAAAGGUUUAGUACUUGCAGCGGACUUUUGGAGACAGGUGGAUCGCCUUCUGGAGUGAACCCUUCAAUUGAAGCCUCGACGUUGAUGGAGCCGGAAAACGUCUACAACAACGCCGAUAGGUAGAUUAACAUCCUAUUGAGUCUGUGAUUCUGCUCGGUUCAGGCUUGUCAUGCCACCGGCUUUUGCCGUCAACUCUGAAUACGUCUCCGAGAUGUUAAUUUGA